UGGAAGCGCUCCAAUGUUUCAAUCCGAAAACUGUAUGAGUGAUCAUGAACAUGGGAGUGAUGAAGUAGCAGACGACACAACUGAGGCAUCCUGCUUGUAGAGGUGUCCAUACUGGUCGUUGAUGUCAUGCUUCGACUUAACUGUGCUUUCUGUUUCGCGGUACGGGGAUAGCCUACUCCGACGUCCCGCAUCUGAUCGGAGGUCUCUCAAGCUAUCCAUAAAGAUGGAGGUAAACUGUGGGAAGUUGGGCCUGGCCCACAAUCUGUUUUGAUUUUCCUUUCUUCAGUUUCCCCAACAAGAAUGAGCCUGAACAGUGCGGCUCUGUCAAAACUGGAAGUUGGAGGACCAUUUGAAAGAAAAUGAGUGGGAUCGUGGGUUCAAAUUCUACGCCAGUUGCAGUUUUAUCUACUCAAGAUCUUAUUCAACUCAGUGAUGCUGAGAACUCCCAGAUUAUUACCGCGCCUGCCGUUCAUAGCCAUGAUUACGAAGUCCUUGAAAAUCACAGGAAGAAACAGUCUGAAGAUGGUUCAGGGAACAGUGGGAUGAAGAGGAAGGAUAGUUCCGAUGAAGAGGAGGGUUGUGAUUGUGAUCAACCUGCAAAAGAAGAUGUCUCUGAAGAGUAUAAGUCUCGAUCUGGCUCAAGCUCUUCAAAUUCCCCUGCUCCUUCCCCAUCUGUUGGAGCCCAAUGGCAGCAUUUGUUGAGCAUUGAAGAAAGGAGGCAACUGUUAGGAACUGAAGAAGAAUCAUCUGACCGACAUUCAGAGAGUGAUGAGGAAAAAGAAGAUGUUUCUAUCUGGGAGAUCAAUCAAGAGCAACGUAUAUACUACACUGAGCAGUUCAGAAAAAUGCAACCAGACCUUCUUGGCCUCCUCCCAGGACAAGAAGCAAGGAGGUUUUUUGAGAAGUCAGGACUCCCUAUUCAUGAACUUUCAGCCAUCUGGCAGCUAUGUGAUGUGACAAAGGAUGGAGCCUUGUCCUUGGAGGAAUUCUGUUCUGCCAUGCAUUUAGUAGUCCUCAGGCGAUAUUCCAUCCCAAUCCCAGUGACUCUUCCUACAUCACUUAUGCCUACAAACAUCACAAAUGGACAGCUGAAGAGUACAGAUGAAGAUGCAGCCACUGCACCUCCAAAGCCAAACAAAUGGGCCCAGUUUGAAGGGGAGACCCUCUCCCGGACGAGUUCCAUCCAGUCACCUGAUGAAAAGCCGGUGAACUUUGACUUCCAGAGAAACGCUAUUGAGAAGGAUCCAAGGAUCAUCCACCCUAAACCACGUCGCAUAGGGGAGCAUUCAGGAGGAGGUGACUCUAGUCCACGGGGUCUCUUUGAUCACUCAGCUGGGGUGGAACUCAAAGGCAUACAAAGGCCUCAACCCUACUUGAUGCCAAAAUUGAAUCUUCGACACCUUACCAAAAUAACUGCAUGGCAUGAGGUGAAGGUGGAAGUGGUGAAGAUGCAAACUUGCAUCCAAGGCAUUCUCCUUCCACCACCACCUCUGGACCAUGAAGGGAGACUUCCACACCUCAUACAGUUGCCCUUCAUCAUGGUACAGAAGCGGUGGAGCAAGGAAGAUGCCUUUUUAUUGAAAUGUGACAUGCAACACUUGCUUGCACAAGCAGAUGGAGGUGGUGGGAUCCCACCUCCCCCAGGGUCAGGCAUUGGAGGUGAAUUGAGUGAAGGAAGCAGUCGAAGCACAUCGUCCACAAGUGAGGGAGAAGAAGGAUCUCACACCAAUCGCUUCCACCGAGUAACCAGCAGUAGUGGGAGCCUGGGUCCAUCAAGCCUUCCCCCAUCUCUGCCAGCUGGAGGUUCAGCUCGGAAAGCAGACCACCCGCCUCCGCCUCCCCCACCUAGACCCUCUCAUACCCGCAGCUCCUCUCUCGAUCUCAACCGAGUCCCUCCACCAGUGGAUGGGAGUGAAGGAUCGGGGACACAAGUUGCAGCUCCUCCAGCCAUUCCUCCAAGACCCUCACCUCUUCAUGGAAGUAUUGGGAGCAGGAAGUCCCCACCUAUUCCAGGGGUGUCUCCAAUUCUCCCUCCUCCAGAAACCUUUGCUGACACCAGUAGUUCCAGUGCCUUUACUCAUUAUCGCAAGCACAUACCUCCUUCCUCUUGUCAGCUUGAUGAAAAGAUUCUCUUAGGGGAUCUGAUGAAGAAGAGAGACGAGGAAUUUUAUCGACAGUUGCGAUCCUUCCUUCAGGCUGGACAAUGUAACCCAGAGGAGUUGAAGCAGGCUGUGUCAUGGUUACAGGAUAGGAAGCUGAAUCUGUUGAAGAGCCUAACAAGCCUACAGGAAGAGUUGAGUCGCAUUGAAGAGAUCCGACUUGCUCUGGCACAAAAUCUGCACUGAUCCCUCUGCUUCUCUCUCCUGUUAAUUAUGAUUACAUCACCCUGUACUUCUCUUUUUUUUUUUCUUCUAUUUCCUCCACCAUAUCCAUUGCCAUUUGGUCUUCUCUACCUGUGAUCCCAGUCUGCUUUUCCCCUCAUUUUCAUGUAUUCAUGGUUUGCAUUUAAUUCUUUGUCCUGCAUCCAUGUCUACAUGUGUUUUGUCUUCAUUAUUGAGGGCAAAACUGUGAUUCUGGCUAGGUUGAUCUCUGUCAAUCCUGAAUUUUUCCACCCCAGAUACAGUCAUGAAUAUGCAGAUUCAUACAUUUCAUCAACAAUCAGCUUUUAUGUUUUCUUUUUUAUUUUGUUUUGUAGGUUUUAUGAUCUGGCUUCUUUAUUAAAAUUGUAUGUAGAGAAUGGAACCAGUCAGUUUCUAACUCCAUCUGAAGAGUUCCUCUUGUCCUGAGUGGUAUGAAAUGCAUGAUUGAAGUUUAUUGGUGCCCCCAUUAUUUCUCUUUGUGUUCUUUGAGAAUACUGUUGCUCUGAUAUGCAUUAUUUUUGUUGUUUUGGUGCUCAGUGCACUGAAGUGAAAAGAGAGAGAGAAAGAGAUAUUACAUAUGAGAGUUAAUGAAGGAAAAUAAAGGUGCAGAGAAGAUAUCCUCCA